GCGCUCUCCGGGUGACCCGGGCCCGGCCGCAGGCGCGCGCGGGGGCGGCGGCGCCCCAGCCCAACUUGGCCUCGGCCUCGCCCUCUGCCCGGCCCGCGGGUGUCCCCUCCUUCCCGCGAUUCCGUGUCUUCUCACGCUCCCCUCCUCCCUCCCCGCGUCCAGCCCUGGCUCUCCCCACCUUGUAAAACAAAGCCGGGGGAAAAAAAAUGCCUGCCUGUGCAGCCCGGAGCGCGCAGCCCGUCUCUGAAUAAGUGAGUACAAUGGCGUGUGGUUUGUAAAAGCUUCAAGUCCGUCUUUUUCCAAAAACAAACAAAAAAAAUUGUGAAUGCUGCAUGCCUCAUGCUUCCCAGCGCCUCGCGGGAGAGAGCCGGCUAUAGAGCAGGAGUGGCGGCCCCUGAUUUGCUGGAUCCUAAGUCUGCUGCUCAGAACUCCAAACCCAGGCUCUCCUUCUCCACCAAACCCACCGUGCUUGCUUCCCGGGUGGAGAGUGACACGACCAUCAAUGUUAUGAAAUGGAAGACGGUCUCCACGAUUUUCCUGGUGGUCGUCCUCUAUCUCAUCAUCGGAGCCACCGUGUUCAAAGCCUUGGAGCAGCCUCACGAGAUUUCCCAGCGGACCACCAUCGUGAUCCAGAAGCAGACGUUUAUUUCCCAACACGCCUGUGUCAAUUCAACCGAGCUGGACGAACUCAUCCAGCAAAUAGUGGCAGCAAUAAAUGCAGGGAUUAUACCUUUAGGAAACACCUCCAAUCAAAUCAGUCACUGGGAUUUGGGAAGUUCCUUCUUCUUUGCUGGCACUGUUAUUACAACCAUAGGAUUUGGAAACAUUUCACCACGCACAGAAGGGGGGAAGAUAUUCUGUAUCAUCUAUGCCUUACUGGGAAUUCCCCUCUUUGGCUUUCUGUUGGCUGGAGUUGGAGAUCAACUAGGGACCAUAUUUGGAAAAGGAAUUGCAAAAGUGGAAGAUACAUUUAUUAAGUGGAAUGUUAGUCAAACCAAGAUACGAAUCAUCUCAACAAUCAUCUUUAUUCUGUUUGGCUGUGUACUCUUCGUCGCUCUGCCUGCGAUCAUAUUCAAGCACAUAGAAGGCUGGAGUGCCCUGGACGCCAUUUAUUUUGUGGUUAUCACCUUAACCACCAUUGGCUUUGGCGACUAUGUCGCAGGUGGAUCGGAUAUUGAGUACCUAGACUUCUAUAAGCCUGUCGUGUGGUUUUGGAUCCUUGUAGGGCUUGCUUACUUCGCUGCUGUCCUGAGUAUGAUUGGAGACUGGCUCCGAGUGAUAUCAAAAAAGACAAAGGAAGAGGUGGGAGAGUUCAGAGCCCAUGCUGCUGAGUGGACGGCCAACGUCACGGCUGAAUUCAAGGAAACCAGGAGGCGGCUGAGCGUGGAGAUUUAUGACAAGUUCCAGCGCGCCACCUCCAUUAAGCGGAAGCUCUCUGCAGAACUGGCUGGAAACCACAAUCAGGAGCUGACUCCCUGUAGGAGGACCCUGUCCGUGAACCACCUGGCCAGCGAGAGGGAUGUCCUGCCUUCCUUACUGAAAACAGAAAGUAUCUAUUUGAACGGACUGACACCACACUGUGCGGGCGAGGAAAUCGCUGUUAUUGAGAACAUUAAGUAGCCCUCUCUUUGAAGAGCCUCAGGCAUAGCAAUUAGGUGAGGAUUUCUAUAUGCUCUUUAUGACUGUUGCUGGUAGCAUUUUUAAAAUUGUGCAUGAGCUCCAAAGGGAGGAAAAAUAGAUACACCCAUCAUGGUCAUCUGCCAUCAAGAGAAUUUGGAAUUCUGAGCCAGCACUAUUUUUUUUUUUUUUUUUGAUGAUGCUUGUUGAACAGUCCACUUUCUUUGACAAGUGGACUAAAACAAGCGAUGUCUGAUGCCUUUUUUGUGCCCAGACUGUUUUGCUCCCUUUUCCUAACGUGCCAUAAGGCCUCAGAAUGAAUUAUAAUUGUUUCUGGUAAUAAUGUAGCUUUGAGGGAUCAGUCCUUACUUUUCAGGGUCUACCUAACUGAGCCUAGAUAUGGACCAUUUAUGGAUGACAACAUUUCUUUUUGUAAAUGGCAAGAAAUUCUUAUGCAGCCUUUUACCUAAGAAAUUUUCUGUCAGUGCCUUAUCUUAUGAAGAAACAGAACCUCUCUAGCUAAGUGGUUUCUCCUUCCCUGCCCCACCCCUAGGCUCAACUCCACAGUCCUUUUCCCCGCAACUCCCGUUUGAAUACCAUACCUUGCUGGAAACAAGUGUGUAAAAUGACCCAAGUGAUGAUACCCGAAGAAGGAAUAGAGGCCAAAUUAAACGGACACUGAAGCAACACUCAGAAACCCUAGCGUUAUAGGCACUGCAGAGAAAUGAGGUGCAAAGAUGGCCCCUCUGAGUAUUUAUUUGACUCGGGUACCAAUGGUACAUGUAUACAGUGUAAUUACCAGGCCAGUAAAAUUGACUGCUCCCAAACAGUCCCUUCUUUUCCUGGCAGUAUUUAAAAUUUAUCAUUUAUUACUAACUAUGUAUGUGUAUAUAUAUAUAUAUAUAUAUAUAUACAUAUAUAUACAUAUAUAUAUACACACAUUUUUUAAAGGUGGAAGAAGAAAAUCUAUCUAUCUAUCUAUAUAUAUCCAUAAGUGAUCUGACAAAAGAAAACUGUUAAAAUGGAUAUUAUUGAAGAUGAAUUUAGACAAUUGGUGUGAAUUGCCACUCAGAUGACAUGAAGAGAGCCAAACAAUGUGUUAUAAGCAUUUGCUAAUAAACAUUAUACUGCCAGCAUCUAUCUGUUUUCUGAUGUAUGAAAGGCUUAUAUGGUUUUCUUUCCCUGGGUAACUUGUGCCCGGUGAGGGGAGGGGAUGCGUAGGCAGAGCUGGGCAUGGCCCUCGCCUUCUGUGGGUGUACCUCUGGAGUUGUGGCUGAGUGUGAGAGCAGAAGCUGAAACUGGAUCACUGUGAUUUUGCACAUGGAAAAAUGCAGAUUGCAGGCAUAAUUCAUCUCUGACAUUAGAGAAAAAGCUGUUAUAGCACAAUUUAAAUCUUGAGAGCAUUUUUUUUUUUUUUUAAGAUAGAAAAGGCUGUUAAUCCUCUUUAGUUUAAUUUUAUAUCCUGCAACUCUUUGGAGGUUUUCAGGAUUCAGAAGAAAUUCAGUAAAGGCACCUAGUAGAUCGCUCCUCUUUCUUUUAUUUUCAUACAUAGAUCUGCUGUACAUUGUAAAUAAAAUUUUUAAAACACAGAAAGAAAAUGAUUUCCCUAAAUAUAAUUGCAAAACAUGACUUUAAUUCUUGGGGGUGGGAGUAUUUGAAUAAGUGGCAUUCAUAUUAGGGUCUUAAAAAAUAAAUCCAGGAUCUUAAAAAAAAAAAAGGAACAUUUAACAGAUGCUUAUUUUUCAAAAUUUAAGCUAGAAAUGUAAAUAUUCAGCUAACUUGUUGACGGUACUUUUAUAAACUUAAGAAUUCUAACCAAAAUUUUGGAAAAUCAGGCUCUUUUAGAAGGAAAGCUACACCCAUUUCCUCGAUAACUAUUCUGAAAGUUCAUAUGGUGGAUUGCACCAUGUAUAAACUGUGAAUUGUGUUGACAAAUAAAGUUUGUAAUUAAAGUCAGCAUCUUCUGAGUCUCCUGCUUGCUACUGAGGGUUUGGAUCUGAUCCUGGCUGUGCCGAACUCCAGGAUGUCACAGUCCAUGCUGAGUUUUUGUGGCUCCUUUGUUCACAGUAUUCAAGAAAUAUUUUUGAUGCAGUAUUUCCACCCUUGUUAAACACAUGCAAAUGUUCUUCUUAGUGGCUGUUAAUCAAAAAAUUAACCCUGAAAUUUCACUUUUGAAAUAUGAUAUUUUAAAGAGCAUAUAAAUUCAAGAUUGUUUCUAUUAAAUUGUUAUGUCAAUGUCUUAUUUUGUCAUUGUUAGACCUUGUCUUGACCUGCCUGAAGUAAUUGGAAUGCUGAACAUGGGCACCUGAAUGUUUUGUAAGGAA